UUUAAUCCAUUACACGAUAAAGCCGAAACAAACCUUGCGUUUUAUUAGCAUAGUUUCCUUUCGCCUGUGUGAACAGAAAUGCAGUCGUCGUUAAAUCAAUUCAUCGUUAGGCGCGAGUUUCGUUCUGACAAGUAUCAGUUGUGUUUCUUUUUAAAACAUUGUAUUAUAUGCGUUAUUUAAAAUGUGGGGAUUAAAAUCUUGCUUUUUUUUGUUAUUUGUUGUUUCAUAUGUAUAUUCUAGUGAUCAUACCUGCGAGCUAUCGUGCGACCAUUUCUCGGAAGGGUGUACAAAAUGUACAAAUACGACAUUCCAAUGCGAAAACCGCGCUCUGAAAUCCGUAUGUGCCGCCUACUACAAUAACAAUUCAACAGAGAUGCACACCGUUGACCUGCGGGAUAACCUUAUUAGCAACUUCUCCAGUUUUCCCGCCAAAUCGAACAUCAAAGUCCUCUUCAUCGGCAACAACCAUUUUACUAGUUUGACAAAAGCCGACAUGGAACGGUUCCCUUUACUGGAAAAACUUUUCAUAGAGCAGAAUGAAAUUAAAUCGCUGCCUAAAGAUGUUUUCGAAGGGAGUACGUUCAUUGAAGAAUUACAUAUGAGCGGGCUGGGAUUAAGUGAACUUCCCGACACCAUCUUUAAGCCGCUGAAAGCCCUGACAUUCUUGGAUUUAAGCCACAAUCAACUAAAAAAAGUGCCGGCCAACACCUUUCAAAUUGGAAACCGCAUACGAACUUUAUUCCUAAACGGAAAUCCGAUCACAGAACUGGCACCAGUGGAUUUUGUCGCUCUAAGGAAAAUCGAGGUUAUCCAUCUGGGGGAGACGAAGCUUACAACCAUAACCGACCAUGCGUUUGCCACACUGGAUACACUAAGAGAAAUUAAUUUUGAUCACAGCAGUCAACUGCGCUUUAUCGAUGAGACAGCUUUCGGGUGGUACCUUCCAACUCCCGGGAAGUAUGCUGCCAGUCUAAGCAAAGUCUCCAUCCGGUCUUGCUAUUUAAGUAAUUUAGAUGAGCACGUAUUCAACGUCAAAGGUCUUGAGGAAUUUAAAUUUUCCAAUAAUCCAUGGGAAUGCGACUGCUCAAUAAGAUGGUUGAUGGAUCCAGAAACGUGGAAAGUUUCGCCGGGAAAGGACAAGAUCAUGGAAGAGCUAAAUAACUCUAAAUGCGAUAACGACAAAUGGAAAAGGACGCCUCUCGCGGCAGUACCGUUAAACCAGUUGGAAUGCGGAGUUAAAAUUCCUAAUUUUAAAGAUCAUCCAGCACUUCGCUUGAGCUCCAGCCUAAGCACGGUGACGACGAUCAUGAUCAUCACCUUAUUGGUGUGCUGUAUAUCAGUCGUUCUGGGAAUUUUAAUGUUCCGACGAUGCACUCGCCAGACCAGUAUGCCACCCGCCGUUAACCAGUACCGGGCGAUUUACAACCAAGGCCAUGUACAGUCACUUGACGAAGGCUUGGAUAAGGACGCCAAAAGCCCGUAUGAAUUAUGAGCGGAAAAUAUACCGGCUGUGAUAAAAGCACAAAUCUAAUGCAAACAUCCUCAAUACAUAAAGUAACUCGUGCGCAUGAUGACAUAAUUAUACCUUUUUGUUUUGUUCAGUUGUUCAAUAUUAUAAUUGCAGAAAGUAUGAGUAUGCCGAUACGUCAUGCAGGUAUGCAUGCAGAUGUGUUUAAAUACAGUUAAUUUUAUAAUGAUAAAGACAUCGAGCUUUUGGUCAUACCGAAAAGUUGUGGCAUGCCAGGAUGUGCAAAAGAAAAGAACCGGGCAGGCUUUA